AUGACGACCCUUGUGGAUCUGCACGGCAUAAGCCUGCCUUCGCGCUACGAAAUCCGCCCAGUGCACCCGGAUCAUUGGGAAUGGUGUCGCGCGCUCUUGACGAAAGAAAUGCUGCUGCGCGCCCCAGUCUGGCGACCGCUCGUACGCAAUCCCAAAGUUAAGACGGCACUGCAGCAUUUCGAGGGCUUGAGGAAAUUCCACGCCCAUAACCUAGAGAGCGGACUCUCGUAUGCCCUCUACGACAAGGAGUACGAAUUCAAGCGGCCAGAGUCGGCGGCCACGGGUGGCGCGCUCUACUGGCAUGAGAUUGACAUCGAGGACCCGCGGCUCGAGGAGCAAGGGCCGCAGUGGAUGCUGGACAAGAUGGACUUCCCCAUCGUCGCGCUCGCGCUGUCGUACGAUCUGUUUGCCCCGCCGACGAACGAAGCCAGGGCCAUCAUGGCAGAUGUCGCGCCGCUCUGGCUACAGAUGAUGAAGCAGUACUUUAGCGACGCUUCAAGCACCAUCCCAGGACUUCCGGUGCCAACCAGUCUGGGCCAGUACGUCCACAGAUCCGGGUGUGUGACGCGAACGGGUUACGAAAGACAAGGGCUGGGGCGGCUCUUCUCGUGGUGGGUUUGUCUAGAGAUGGAGGCCAAAGGUUACAAAGGCGUCCUCAUCGGAGCAGGCAAUGCCUCGAUCAAUCCAAUCUAUCUGCGCGAUGAUGCUCCAUUCAAGAGUACCUUCAUUUUGGAGCAGGAUAUGUCGCAAACGGAGAUCGACAUGGGUGAAGAAAAGGUGCGGCCGUGGCUGCACGAGGAGUGGAAGGAGUUCAAAUACGUACUCGUGGACCUGACAAAGAGGGUUUCUUGA